CGGCCUUCGAAGCGUCCGACUACUUCCUCUUCGUAUCUCUCCGCUCUCGCCUCGCCAGGUGCCCGGCCACCUGUGGCACGAGAGGAGCAGUAUCAGCAUCAGUACCAGGAGGAGGAGGAGGAGGAGGAAGGAGAAGAGGAGGCUGCCCUUCGCAUUCCACGAAUUUCCAGCCGCUUCCCGGCGUGCCGGUCCGCUGAAUGCUUGGCUGUGGCCGAUGGCGGCAGAGUGAAGAAUUUGAGCCCUCGCCGACAUUGGCCCUGCGCCCAGCGGUGCCGCAUUGUUGCGGAAGCCACAUUGUCUGAUUGACUGAUUGGUUCGUGGGUUGUGCCUGUGCCCGACGGUGGGUUGGGUUGGGUUGGCGUGGGGUUGAAGAAGAUUUACGUGUCCCCUGGCCCCGGUGCAUUGUGUGAGUGGGAGCGAGCGAGUGACUUAAAUGGUCGCGAAUUGAAGCUUGUAGGAGCGAGAGAGUCGAGCAGGCUUCCUUGUUCUCGUCAGUGCCGAGUUCUGGAGUGAAUCUCGGUCGGAGCCAUGGCAGCCGUAGCGGCCUCGGCUGCUGUCUCCGGGGUGGGAGCUCCGAGGUUGGGUGGGAUCAAUGCGCAGCUCAAGAGUUGCGGUCCUUUGUCAGUGUCCAUGGUCCAGUGCAAGAUUGGGUUGCCCGCCCUGAGAGUCAGCUCGAGCAGCAAUGAGAGGCAGAGGAGGGGCUUAUCGACAGAGCGGAGAGUCAAUCUUGUGGGCACUCCUUUGGUCAUCAAGCAGCAGAAGCAAGGGACACAGCAUUGGAGAGUGCAGGGUUUAGGUCCGGUUUCGUUGUUGGAAGAGGCACCGGCGAAAUCCGAGGAGCGCGAACCACACCAGAUAUGGAUGUCAGACGUCGUUGCCAAGCGGAAGAGGCCUUACUUCUGGAACAGGAAGUGGACGUCCAAGGACAUCUCGUACGCUGCCUUCAUGGUGUUCAUGCACGGCCUGUGCCUCGCUGCUCCCUUCACGUUUUCGUGGCAAGCUUUCGGAGUUUUCGUUGGUCUCUACGUGAUCACUGGAAUGUUUGGAAUCACUCUCUCCUAUCACCGUCAGCUGUCCCACAAGAGCUUUAAGACUCCCAAAUGGUUGGAGUACGUUUUCGCCUACUGCGGCGUGCAAGCUGUCCAGGGAGAUCCUAUCGAGUGGGUCAGUUCUCAUCGUUAUCAUCAUCAGCAUUGUGACACCCCCAAGGACCCACAUUCACCCUACGAAGGGUUCUGGCACAGUCACAUGGGCUGGCUUUUGGAUGAUGAAUCUACUGAAGCAAGGGUUGGAGCUCGCGCUAACAUUGCGGAUAUGGAGAAAGAUCCCUUCUACAAGUGGAUUCAAAAAACCUACAUUAUUCAUCCGAUCAUGAUGGCCGUUGCUCUCUUUGCUCUCGGCGGUGUUCCUUACGUCAUUUGGGGCAUGGCUGUCAGGGCAGUGUGGGUGUAUCACAUUACUUGGUUCGUCAAUUCUGCUUCUCACGUAUGGGGAAGCCAAAAGUGGAACACGGGUGACUUGUCGAGGAAUAACUGGUGGGUUGCUCUUCUUGCCUUCGGUGAAGGUUGGCAUAACAACCACCACGCCUUCGAGUACUCUGCUCGCCACGGAUUGGAAUGGUGGCAAUUGGACCCAACCUGGUAUGUAGUUAAGAUGUUGCAGACUGUCGGACUUGCUACUAAAGUGAAGCUACCAACGGAAGAACAUAUGCGGAAGCUAUCGUUUCCUGCCGCUACUCCUACUUCUUAAGUACAUGCUCAAAUACAGUAUUCUAGCAGUGAGAGAUAGGAUUGAGGUGGAGUUGCCAUCUGCUCAUCACAUGGUGAGUGUCAAUUUGUGACUCCGUUAUACGUACUCACAACUGUAGCCACUUGAACUAAGGUUAUCUAGAGAGUCACUUGUGGAGGCUUGGAUGUAGCAAAGGAAUGGUGACUAAUUGUAUAUGGAGGGUUGGACAAUCGACAGCUUAGUCUUGCGAAGGUUGUCCGUGUAACUUUAACAGGUGAGUAGAGUUCCGACUAGGAUGAGUAAUGUUGAUGGACGCGACUGUGGAAUUUUAGGCUGUGCUCGUUGUUUCUUUCUUAUGGCCUAUGAAAUAUCAGUCAUCGCCUCCCGGGCUUAGAAUCAAAAGGUUGUAGACUGACAGUGCAUUAGGCCUGUUUGUUCUCUCGUAGCGCAUUCUCCCAUUGUUACAGUAAUCAUGUAGAGUUGCCGUAGUCGUGCAAAUGAUGCGUUGGCUGUUGCCAGUGCGUAUAUUUUUGGCGGUAUCACCGGACUGUGGUUUAGACUCUCAAGUCGAAGUGGCCAUCUUGAGAGGAAUAUGAGGCCAAACAUGUGUAUAAAUCAGCAGUCGCCAUGCCUGCCCAUUAAGAAUGAGAUGCAAAAGUUCUGAUACACGUGCACUCGGGGAAUUUGAUGUAAAUUUGUAAUGGAGAGGAGUAAAGCUGAAUGUGUUACAGGCUUAAGG